AUGAAGAACGAAAAAAAUCUUAUUCUCCAUUCAUUUGUGGUUGCUUACAUUCAACAGGUCUUCUCGUCACAACGGAUGGAAAUUCAAGUGGCAAAUGAAUAUUUUCAAACAAUGGAACCUCAGACGGUAGAGACAAGACAGACACGAAAGAAACAGAAGAGUGAAGAAGAACGAACGAACAUCUCAACUCCUUACAGCUUACACAUAUCUUGUUGA